CACGCACAGGCGCAGUAGUGCUCGGCUAAUCAGCUGACUUGUGUGAGAUGCUAGGUUGAAUUGAAGGACCUCCGUAUCCAAGUGCCGUUAUUGUUAUUUAUCCACUAUGCACGGACAUUUGCCACCAUUCCACUGAUUUACACCGAGAGAAGCAAACAUCGAAGCCCGUGUCAACGUUUCGUGCUCCUCCUCAGUGACCAAGCCUCCUGCCAGCAACCAUGACGGAAUUCUGGUUGAUUUCCGCUCCGGGGGAGAAGACGUGUCAGCAGACGUGGGACAAGCUGAUGGUGGCCACCACGCGCACCAACAACCUUUCCACCAACACCAAGUUCAACAUUCCUGACCUGAAGGUGGGCACCUUGGACGUCUUGGUGGGGUUGUCGGAUGAGCUGGCCAAGCUGGACACCUUUGUGGAGAGCGUGGUGAAAAAGGUCGCUCAGUACAUGGCUGACGUUCUGGAGGACAGCCGAGACAAAGUCCAGGAGAACUUGCUGGCUAAUGGACUGGACCUGGUCACUUAUAUUACCAGAUUCCAGUGGGACAUGGCUAAGUAUCCCAUCAAGCAGUCGCUGAAGAACAUCUCUGAGAUCAUCUCCAAGCAAGCCACCCAGAUAGACAACGACCUGAAGGCCAGAGCGUCAGCUUACAACAAUCUGAAGGGAAACCUGCAGAACCUGGAACGGAAGAACGCGGGCAGCUUGUUGACCAGGAGUCUGGCUGACAUUGUGAAGAAAGAUGACUUUGUGUUGGACUCCGAGUACCUGGUCACCAUGCUGGUGGUUGUGCCUAAGACCAACUUUGCUGACUGGCAGAAGACGUACGAAACCCUGGCGGAGAUGGUGGUGCCUCGAUCCACCAAGAUGCUGUUUGAAGACAACGACAGCGGCCUCUUCAGCGUCACGCUCUUCCGGAAGGCGGUGGAUGAUUUCAAGCACAAGGCCAGAGAAAACAAGUUCAGCGUGCGCGACUUCCAGUACAACGAGGAGGAGAUGAAGGCCGACAAAGAGGAGAUGACUCGCUUGUCCACCGACAAGAAGAAGCAGUUUGUGAGCCGCCGUCGCCCCCGCCCGUCGCCCCCGCCCGUCUUUCUCCAACGUCCUCAUCUCAUCGCUUUCUGGUCUUCCUCCACGCAGGGUCCUCUGGUGCGGUGGCUCAAAGUCAACUUCAGCGAGGCCUUCAUCGCGUGGGUCCACAUCAAAGCUCUGCGUGUGUUUGUGGAGUCGGUGCUGAGAUACGGUCUGCCGGUCAACUUUCAGGCCAUGCUGCUCCAGCCCAACAAGAAGAACAUGAAGAAGCUGAGGGAGGUGCUCUACGACCUGUACAAGCACCUGGACAGCAGCGCCGCCAUCAUCGACGCUUCCAUGGACAUCCCGGGUCUGAACCUGAGCCAGCAGGAGUACUACCCGUACGUUUACUACAAGAUCGACUGCAACCUUCUCGACUUCAAAGUCUGAGUGGCCCGGCGGGAGGUCUCACUCUGUGGCGUUCACAUUCCCGUUGUGUGUUGUUUUCCUCCCUCUUCCCCUCCCCCUCCCCCAUCAGAUGCCCAACAGGAAGUAAGAGUUUUAAAUCCACUUUAUUUGACGCCAUCCAAAGAAAAGAAGUCAGCAUUUUUUUUUUAUUGUGGCUUUGUUGUAAAGUACGAGUCCAGAUGUAUAUGAAAAAUAUAAUAUUUAUUUGAGCGGCCAGUCAGUGUGUUUUUAGCUGCGUGUUUGAUUCCCAAGUAGAUGUUUAUCAACGUGCUGGCUGACCGCCGUGUCCGCUCCUCCCCGUGGAUCCUACUCUACUCUACUCUACUCUGCUGUCCCGUCCGUGUAUUUCAAAGUAAUACCAAUAAAUGUCAAAAAAAGUAUUUGCUG